ACCUGCAAUACCUCGGGUAUAGGCAGUCCAUCGCAAGGAAUCGUCGAAAUGUAGCUGGACUUAGGUUUGGUUCUGACCGCCCGGUGGGCCGGACUCUGUUGAAGCAGGAAUUUCACCUCACCCGCGCCCAGGCGGCCAAGACGAAGGAGCUGCAGCCUCUGCCGGUCCGAGCCCUAAAGAGGAUGACACUGGUCGAGACCGAAUUUAAGGGGAAGACAUUUUGGGAGAUCUUGCAUGUCCAACCUGACUACUUUGCAUGGACGCAGAAGAAUGCCAAGAGCCCAAGGAUCCACAAACGCAUCCGUGACUCUGCAAUGGAAUCGGAACCGACUGAUGGCAAAGAUGUACAAGCAGAAGCAUCAGAAACAAAGCAUUUGUCAGAACGCACAGAUAGCACAGGAUCGGUGAAAGAACCCCCGCCAAAACAACAAAAGAUUGAGGUAGAUGACGAUUUUCAGGCAUUCCUUAGUUUCCUACCAGAAAUCGACCUCGAAUGGGGUGACCUCGACCCAAAUGUACAACAGAAGCUGCGCUACUCACAGCAGGCGCGAGAAGAUUUUAAAGCCUUACACCACCAGAAGCAAGAGAUCAAUACCUAUGAUCCAGAGACCGGGCACAUCACCACCACACAGCCCAAAAAGCGACCCUUUGAGGAACAGUACAAGCCCCCUGAGAUUGAGGCAGCAGACAAGCAGCUCCAGCAGGCGAUGAUGCAAUACCACGAGCACCAAGUAUUACCAGGAUUACAGCACUUGACCGAAUGCUGCCAAAACUUUUACGGUACGGUAAGCCAAGAGAUUCUGUUGCUACAACAUAUGACUGACCGCCACUCAUUGCAGCUGAGAUCUUUGGAGCAGAGCAGAUGCAACAAAACCAUCCUUCUCAAGAACCUGCCGCCGGUGGGUUUCACAAAGACUCAGUUAGACCGCAACGUGCAGUACUUGUUGAAUGAUGCAAACCUCACAUGGGACCGACUGGCGGCAAUGCACAACCAUGUAGUUACUACUGACGCAGCAGUGCUUCGAUUAGAAUUUCUCACAGAGGAAGACGCGAAGAUCUUUUUUCAAGCCAUGAAACGCCGCAAACAUCAUGGGUUCUUCAAUGGGCAACAGGAAGCCAAACAGCCGGUGGAGGACAGGUUGGCACUCCAACCAUUUUAUGCAUUGAUUGACAUGUUGUCUCCGCAUUUUGGAAACGAUGGCACAAACGCGUUGCAGAUGGACAAGAACACCUUGCAAGUUUGGCCGGGAUCAGAGCACCAGGACCAGACCAUGUUGGCCCAGGUAUCUUACCAUUUGGAUCCCCAUGCGCCUCGGCGCUACCUGUGUACAGUGCUGAUUCGAGAGGACGUUCAUCACAUUCUUGUUAGAGGGCCCGAUGGCAACAACGAUCCCCAGCAAGACACAUACUAUGCACAGAGACAGACAGCAAAACCACAAGCAGGGCAACCACGGCAGCGACCAUAUCAGACAACGGGUAAGGGCAAACACAAAGGCAAGCAUCGAAGUUUGGCUGAGGUCAUCCUGUGCAAGCUAUGUUUGUGUGCAUUGUGGGCCAACCGACUAUGCCAGCAAUGUUGGGACAAUGACCUCCCCUCGGACUUUGACCAAAAGCAGGAAAUUCAAUCUUAUCCGCUUUAUUGUCCGGGAAAGAAGGGAAACUCUGCUUGCAAUCAGCUCCUUGGUUUUGGCAACUGCCCAUUGUGUAUUGAGCAUCGCAAUUAUUGGAAAUCCAAAGCAGCGCAGUCAGUCCACCCUGGUUUCUCGCCCUUUCAGAAAGCUGCUCACCUGGUACUUGACAGAGCACUCCAUGACCUUGAUCUGGUAAGUGCGGAUUCGGAAAUCAAAACCGAUUGGCUUGAUGACAUGCGACUUGCCUAUGACCAGGAUGACCAAAGUGGCAAUUACCAUUUUGCUGAAUGGGUUUUGAUGACUUACGCCGACUUAGAAGGCUUUGAAAACCUUCUGCAGUCAGGUAGGCAACCUUAUUGCUUCCCGGACUGGGGCGCGCCUGGCCAGCUCCCAUCGCAUGGCAUUUAUUUUGGAGACAAAGAGCAACCUUUGUUGAUGCAAACAUUUUGGUCUGCGCACUAUUUUGGUGCCCUUCUCCAGAAAUAUUAUGGCCAAAACUGGCAGCGCAUCGUCCCUGGAUAUACGGCAGAGUUUUUUCAAGCUUUUGACAUUAGAUUUGCGGCUCUUUUGCCCUGGGACUAUGUGGUGGCUGCCUCAUUCCGAAUUGCACUGAUCCAGGAAAGUGCUUUCGACUCGGUCUCCCGCGAAGCGGUGCAGACAGCUCUUGUUAGGUAUGGCCUCCCAGAGGCGAUAAUCAACCCUGUCAUGGCCCUCUUUCAAGACUGCAAAUUCUUUGUCCAGGAACUCAUCGAUCAGGUGAAGAACUUUCUACGGACCAACCCGAAUGGGAGGCUGGUGAUCCAUCUGUAUUGCACUAGUGGUCGUCAUCGCAGUGUUGGGGCAGCGACGUUGAUCUUUCAUUUUCUGGAUGUCACUGAAUGGAGGAAGCCGCUGCUGAUCCAUUAUCACAGCCCGCAGUGGCGUGAGAUGUCUUGUGGUGGUCAGUGUAAUCUUUGUGGCACGGCUGACGUUCGUGAGCUCCGACGCUUGAUCGACAGGUUUCUCCCAGAUGUCCGAAUUGUGAGUGACUCACAGCACUGUGCCGGUCCCAGUUCGUGCACCAGCACCACCUCCAAGUAUGACUACAUCUUCGGGGACGCCUUUGACACCGACGCCGACACCGAGUUCGAUCUUCAUCCAGCAGUCGAAGGGGGCGAUCUAGCGGUCGGGGGUGCGAGAGCGGCGAUCUCGAAGCAGACGCCGUAUCCCGUCACCUCGGACGCCACCAUCGGUUCCACCUCCGAGGACACCACCAAGAUCACCUCGGCGGGACAUUUUAUCCUGGAUUGCAGACAGCGUGAGGGGCUUUGGUCGAACAGAGACCGAACAAUUUGGGUCUGCGACCCUGAUCUUCCUCAAGGGGUUCAGCAGGCGAUGGGCAUCCGUAUUGAUGUGCGCAUCAGGAACCACGUCCGCAACAGCAUGAUCACAGGUGGGAAAUGGAUGCGGCAGAAACACUGCAUCAAGUCAUCUUUCUACAGGCCCAGGGACUCCUCAGGAGCGGCAUGGGAUCGACUUCAACGUGAAAGACCUGUUGGCGAAGACGUUGGCUUGCCAGUUUCGUGGUCUGACUUGAUCACAUUCUCACACCGCGACAUCGGUCCACGAGCAUACAUGGGGCACCUUGUGAUGGUGUCGGGUGAUCAGGGUUUUGAGGGCCAAAAUUACGUUCCCAAAACGGAAGCCCAAAAGUGGAGCCGAAACAGUCUCAAAAUGGAAGCCCAAAAGCGGAACCGAAAGAAUCCUCCAAGUCGGUUCAUGAUUUGCACGGAUGAUGACAUGUUCAAAGGGGACCCCAAAAUCCAGACCCCGAAAGCUGAAACCACCGAUUACAGCACCAGUUCAUCCCAUGAAAGCCCUGUUACAAAGCCUGUGAAGACUGAACCUUCCAAUGAUGAUUCCAGUUAUGCAAAGACCCCACAAAAGAGUGUGACCAUCAGAGAGGAAUCCAAUGCCUUGCCACCUGUUGGACUCAUGGCCAGAGAUCCAGAUGGUUCUAACCCACAUGAAAUCGUUCUGGACUCCGACACCGAUGUUGAAGUGCAUGAGCAUGGCCCAAUUGCCAUUCAUCCCAAUGAACGAGUCACCAUGGGUAGGAAGCAUCGUAAGGCAGUGCUGGACGGAAUCUCCAAUGAUGGUGAAGGCAUGUCCGAUGGAGCCGAUGCCACGGAAGAACUGAUCGAGGCAGCCGGUCCCAGUCAGGACAGACGGAGAUCGAGUGUCGCCCCUCGUGCCGACAGAAACGUGAGACUUCGCCUUGAAAUUCAGCCUGAGAGUGAGCGAGGGUCAUCUUUAGCAUUCUCCAGACGUGAGUCCAUCGAUUCAGCAGAGAGACCUCCUGCUGAUGCAGCACAACCGGAACAGCCUCAGAUUGCCAGGCCACAGGCAUGGCCCAAUCCAUAUGAUAAUCUUAAUGACCUUCCAGCAUCCCUGAGAACCCACUUCGGGCGAGCUCGAAAUGCGGCCGCACAAUGGACUGUGGAACAGGUCGAAGAGUCCACCGCUAUGUUCACGUGUUUCAUGGCAGGGAAGGAUGAAAUUGUAGAAGAAG